AUGGCAUCCCAAGAAAUAAGAAAGCAGCAGCCAGCAAUGUCGAUCUCAUCAUCACUAGACGCACUCUUCUUGGGACAUGAAGCAAACAAAGCAACACCAGUGCAUCCUCGUACUCAUCAAUGGAAAGACAUGAUGGCAAUCAAAGAAAAAUAUUCAGCUGAGGACUUAGCGUUACUCAGCCAGACUCGAGGAUCAACACAGAAAUUGUGA